AUGGCUACAGACAACGGCGCCGAAGGUAGCAGCAACAAGCCCAUCACGCCGCAGUAUGGGUAUGAAGCACUAAACCCUACUGCAGGAGCUAGGUCUUCCAGUCCGGUGUCCAGCGUGAGCUCCGAUAAAGAAUUCGAGCCAAUUCGCAGUAGAUCACCAGAGAAAGCUCAUCAAGACAGCCCGACAGACUCGACAACGGACAUAGAACGAGACAAUGAACUGUCGCAAGUUAUUUCUCGACGGCGCAGUGGUGCCUCUGGACAUGAGAACGAUGAAGACUGGGCACAGAUUGAAAAGCUCAUGUCACGCAUGUUUGGAAGAGAGAGACAAGCGAAUUCAGAGGAGGAGAAGACAAGACAUCUGGGUGUCGUAUGGAAGAAUCUCACCGUCAAGGGAUUAGGGCUCGGAGCAGCGCUGCAACCGACCAAUGGAGAUAUUUUUCUCGGUCUUCCUAGAUUGAUCAAAGGUCUAUUAACUCGGGGUAGAAAGGGCGCAGGAACCGCGAAAGCACCGGUAAAGACGAUAUUGAAUGAUUUCACCGGAUGCGUCCGACCGGGUGAGAUGCUUCUUGUUCUCGGGAGACCAGGCUCUGGUUGCACAACAUUCCUGAAAAUGAUUGGGAACCAAAGAGCGGGUUAUGAAAGCAUCGAAGGCGAUGUCUACUAUGGUGGGACAGACUCUGUAACCAUGGCUAAGAAAUACCGUUCAGAGGUGUUAUAUAAUCCUGAGGACGAUUUGCACUAUGCAACUCUCACAGUUCAAGACACUCUCUCAUUUGCGCUGAAAACGCGGACUCCGGGAAAGGAGUCGCGCAUUCCCGGAGAGAGCAGGAAGGAAUACCAGCAGACGUUCCUCAGCGCCAUUGCAAAGCUGUUCUGGAUUGAACAUACACUAGGCACCAAGGUCGGCAAUGAGCUCAUCCGGGGAGUCUCUGGCGGAGAAAAGAAACGAGUAUCUAUUGCGGAAGCGAUGAUUACGAGGGCGAGUACACAAUGCUGGGACAACUCCACCAAGGGCUUGGACGCAAGUACUGCUCUGGAAUACGUCCAAAGCUUGCGCAGCUUGACGAACACAGCGCACGUCUCCACCUUAGUUGCCUUAUAUCAGGCCUCGGAAAAUCUUUAUAACCUCUUCGACAAGGUCAUCCUAAUCGAGGAGGGCAAAUGCGCUUACUUCGGUCGCACUGAGGAUGCCAAAGCGUACUUUCAAAAUCUCGGGUUUGAAUGCCCGGCGCGAUGGACUACUCCAGAUUUCUUGACAUCAGUCAGUGACCCUAACGCGAGACGUGUCAAGAAGGGAUGGGAAGACCGUGUGCCACGGUCAGCAGAGCAAUUUGAGCAAGCGUACCGUCAGAGCGAUGUAUACCGAGACGCUCUCCGUGAUGUCGAUGACUUUGAGAAGGAAGUCGAGGAGCAAAGGCAUGAACGAGAUGCUGCUAGAGCAAAGAUGAAAAAGAAGAAUUAUACUUUGUCUUUCUAUCAACAAGUCCUAACUUUGACACAUCGACAAUUCUUGGUCAUGUUUGGAGACAGGCAAUCGCUGGCGGGAAAAUGGGGCGUCGUCACAUUUCAAGCUCUCAUUAUUGGGAGCUUGUUCUUCAACCAGCCUCCAACAAGCUCGGGGGUCUUUACUCGCGGCGGUGUUAUGUUCUUUAUCCUGCUUUUCAAUGCCUUGCUGGCCCUAGCUGAGCUUACAGCUGCCUUUGCGAGCCGGCCUAUACUGAUGAAGCAUAAAAGCUUUUCGUUCUACCGACCUUCAGCUUACGCUCUAGCACAAGUGGUCGUUGAUGUUCCUCUUGUCCUCAUCCAGGUGGUUAUAUUCGAUGUGAUAGUAUACUUCAUGUCAAACCUCUCAAGGACUGCCUCCCAGUUCUUCAUCAAUCUACUGUUCAUUUUCACAUUGACGAUGACCAUGUACUCGUUCUUCAGAGCUCUUGGGGCACUUUGUUCCUCACUUGAUGUUGCCACUCGCCUUACUGGUGUCGCCAUCCAAGCACUGGUUGUCUACACAGGAUAUCUUAUUCCUCCUUGGAAAAUGCAUCCAUGGCUUAAAUGGCUUAUCUGGAUCAAUCCAGUACAGUAUAGUUUCGAGGCGCUGAUGGCAAAUGAGUUCUAUAAACUUAAGAUACAGUGCGAGCCACCAUAUAUUGUUCCUGAGGGGCCAGGCGUAUCUCCCGAAUACCAGAGCUGUGCUAUCCAAGGAAGUCAGCCGGGUCAGACAUAUGUCAAUGGUUCUGACUAUAUCAAGACCGCAUUCACAUACACAAGGGCGCAUCUUUGGAGAAAUUUCGGGAUCAUUAUCGCAUGGUUUGUCUUGUUCGUGGCUUUGACGAUGCUAGGGAUGGAACUGCAGAAACCCAAUAAGGGAGGCAGCUCAGUAACUGUCUUCAAGAGAGGCGAAGCUCCCAAGGCUGUCGAGGAUGCUGUCAAGAAUAAGGAUCUUGUUGGAGAUGAGGAGAAGGGCGAGAAAGAUGCACCGAAUCCAGUUACCCAGGCCGAGUCUGAACCGAACAGCCGAGACGAGGUUCAGGGAAUCGCCAAGAAUACUGCAAUAUUUACAUGGCAGAAUGUGAACUAUACUAUUCCGUAUAAGGGAGGCCAGAGAAGACUGCUUCAAGAUGUUCAAGGAUACGUCAAACCGGGUCGACUGACAGCCUUGAUGGGUGCUUCUGGUGCAGGAAAAACGACACUUCUGAACGUGUUGGCCCAGCGAAUCAAUUUUGGCGUCGUCACAGGAGAUUUCCUUGUGGACGGAAAGCCUCUUCCAAAAAGCUUCCAGAGAGCAACUGGGUUCGCAGAGCAAAUGGACAUCCAUGAGCCCACAGCAACAGUCCGGGAGUGUCUCCAGUUUUCAGCUUUGCUUAGACAGCCAAAGGAAGUUCCAGUCCAGGAAAAAUAUGACUACUGCGAAAAGAUCAUCGACCUUAUGGAAAUGCGUCAACUUGCAGGUGCAACUGUUGGAGCUGUUGGAACUGGGUUAAAUCCGGAGCAACGAAAACGCCUUACCAUCGCAGUUGAGCUCGCUAGCAAACCAGAACUACUUCUUUUCCUCGACGAACCGACAUCGGGACUUGAUUCGCUAGCUGCCUUCAACAUCGUGCGUUUUCUGCGACGAUUAGCAGAUGCCGGUCAGGCGGUGCUCUGCACUAUCCAUCAGCCGUCCGCUGUACUCUUCGAGGAAUUUGACGAUCUCCUCCUGUUACAGAGUGGUGGUAGGGUUGUCUAUCAUGGUGAGCUUGGUUCUGAUUCCAGAAAGUUGAUUGAGUACUUGGAGCGAAAUGGUGGUAAGAAGUGUCCACCAGACGCAAACCCAGCCGAGUAUAUGCUUGAGGUAAUUGGAGCCGGCAAUCCAGAUUACAAAGGUCCAAAUUGGGCAGAUACCUGGGCAACCUCCCCCGAGUAUAAAGCCCGCGCUGAGGAGAUCAACGAGAUGACCACCUCUAGACGCAAUGCUAGCUCCGGAAAAGAACAUACUGAUGACAGGGAAUUCGCGAUGCCGUUAUGGACGCAAAUAAUUGCAGUAAGCAGGCGCUCAUUUAUCGCCUACUGGCGGACGCCAAAUUAUGCAAUUGGAAAAUUCAUGCUCCACAUAUGGACAGGCCUAUUCAAUACGUUCACCUUCUGGCACCUGGGCCACAGUUAUAUUGACAUGCAAUCUCGACUGUUCUCCGUAUUCAUGACACUGACCAUCGCACCUCCCCUGAUCCAACAACUGCAACCACGCUUCCUUCAUUUCCGUGGGAUGUAUGAAUCUCGCGAGUCGAAUGCAAAGAUUUAUUCGUGGGUUGCUUUUGUGGCAAACAGUAUUUUGCCUGAGCUUCCCUACUCCAUCGUCGCUGGCUCCAUCUACUUUAAUUGUUGGUACUGGGGAGUCUGGUUCCCCCGCGAUUCGUUUUCUUCCGGCUACGUCUGGAUGUUGCUUAUGCUUUUUGAAAUGUUCUAUGUCGGAUUCGGCCAGUUUAUCGCCGCCAUGUCACCCAAUGAACUGUUUGCCUCCCUGCUUGUUCCUGCUUUCUUCACCUUCGUGGUCGCCUUCUGCGGUGUCGUUGUGCCUUAUGCAGCGCUACCACAUUUCUGGAAGUCAUGGAUGUAUUGGCUCACACCUUUCCAUUAUCUUCUGGAGGGUAUGCUUGGAGUCGUCACGCACAAACAACAAGUCAAGUGCGUGCCCCGGGAAGAGGCUAGGUUCCGACCGCCACCUGGACAGACUUGCCAGCAGUAUGCUGGCCCUUUUGCCCAGCAGGCAGGUGGAUACGUGGAACAGGGUGCUGAUGGGCUGUGCAACUAUUGCCAGUAUUCGACAGGUGAUAGAUUCGCUACUUCGUUUAAUGUCUACUACUCGCACAAAUGGCGCGACUAUGGCAUAUUCUUUGGUUAUGUCAUUUUCAAUUUUAUCGCUGUCUUUGUCAUCUCCUGGUUGUAUCUUCACGGUGUCCGAAAUGCCAAACGCUGGUUCAGCGCACGGAAGACGAAGAAGGGCAACAAGAACUCUGCGGAACAAUCUGUGGAACAGUCUGUGGAACAAUCUGGGGGAGCAAAGGAGGAAGAAUCAACCUAG